AUGAGUGGUGGGCCAUGGACAAAGUCAAGGACUGGAUUCAAGGACAAAACAGUAUAUACGAAAGAGGGUAAAUGUCCCUGGGUUGUAUUAGUAUCUAGACCUAAAGAGGCAUAUGACUGGGUGGUGAACACCCUAGUUAGUGAACAUCGGUGUGUGCAAUCAAGAACCAUUAAAGCUUGCAACUACAAAUUCAUUGCAACAAAAAAUGUGAAGCAAAUUAAGAGUAAUCCAACCAUUCCAGUCAAUGCACUUCAAGAAGAUCUCAUCCAAAAAUUCGAGAUGAACAUGUCAAGAAUGAAGGUACAUCGGGCUAAGGAAUUGGCUCAAAAGCAUGUUUUUGGGGAUUUUCAUAAACAAUAUGCUAUUUUGAGGGACUAUGGACUAGAGUUGAUGGAAAGAAACCCAGGUGCUAAUGUGAAGAUUGAAUUUUACACUGAGCCAAAUUUAAAUUCUAAUACAAGGACAUUUAGGAGAAUUUACAUUUGUUUAGGAGCAUUAAAGGAAGGGUUUAAGGCUAAUCUAAGGGAUUUCAUAGGGUUGGAUUCCAAUAAUGGGAUAUAUCCUCUUGCAUAUGCUCUUGUUGAGAAUGAAACCACAAAUUCAUGGACAUGGUUUUUGGAACAACUUGGUGAUGAUCUUGAACUUUAUGCUAAUUCAAACUUCACUUUCAUCUCAGAUAGGCAGAAGGGUAUCAUUCCUGCAAUUGCCAAACUUUUCCCUCAAGCUGAGCAUAGGUUCUGUCUGAGGCAUAUUUAUGAAAAUAUGAAAAGACAAUGGAAGGAUAAAGAGCUCAAAGAUUUGGUGUGGGCAUGUGCAACUGCUACUACUAUAAGGCAUUUUAAGAAAGCAUUAGAAGAGCUUAUGAAAUUCAAAGUUGAAGCUCAUGAUCGGCUAAUACAGAUUCCUCCAGCUCAUUAG